GCGAGCUCCAGUGUUCCAGGGCGGGCGCAGGCGAGGGGCGCGGCAGAAGAGUUAGCGUGGCCAGGGAGCGGCGGGCGAGGCGGGAGAGCGCCGCCAGGGGGACGCCCGGGAGGAGGGGGCGCGGUUCCCGCCGCUGCGCGGCGCUCGGCCCCCUCCGGCUCGGCGCGCGGCUGCAGUCUGGGCUGGGCGCUCGCGGCAUAUUCCGCACCCGCACCCCGGCGGUCGGGCAUGUAGUAGCGGCAGCUGCGGCAGCCGCCGCGGCGGAAUAUGGGCGGGAACCACUCCCACAAGCCCCCGGUGUUUGACGAGAAUGAGGAAGUCAACUUUGACCAUUUUCAGAUCCUACGGGCCAUUGGUAAAGGGAGUUUUGGGAAGGUCUGCAUCGUGCAGAAGCGAGACACUAAGAAAAUGUAUGCGAUGAAGUACAUGAACAAGCAGAAGUGCAUCGAGAGGGACGAAGUCCGGAACGUCUUCCGGGAGCUCCAGAUCAUGCAGGGACUGGAGCAUCCUUUCUUGGUCAAUCUGUGGUACUCCUUCCAGGACGAGGAGGACAUGUUCAUGGUGGUGGACCUACUGCUGGGAGGGGAUCUACGUUAUCACCUGCAACAGAAUGUACAUUUCACAGAGGGGGCCGUGAAGCUCUACAUCUGCGAGCUAGCCCUCGCCCUGGAGUAUCUGCAGAGGUAUCACAUCAUCCACAGAGACAUCAAGCCAGACAACAUACUGCUGGAUGAACAUGGACAUGUUCACAUCACAGACUUCAACAUAGCGACGGUCGUGAAAGGCACAGAAAAGGCUUCCUCCAUGGCCGGGACCAAGCCCUACAUGGCCCCGGAAGUGUUCCAGGUGUAUGUGGACGGAGGCCCUGGGUACUCCUACCCCGUUGACUGGUGGUCCCUGGGUGUCACGGCCUAUGAGCUGCUGCGGGGCUGGAGGCCAUAUGAAAUCCACUCGGCCACCCCCAUCGAUGAGAUCCUCAACAUCUUCAAGGUGGAGCGUGUCCACUACUCCUCCACGUGGUGCAAGGGCAUGGUCGCCCUGCUGAAGAAGCUCCUGACCAAGGACCCCAAGAGCCGCCUGUCCAGCCUCGGUGACGUCCAGAGUGCACCCUACUUGGCCGACAUGAACUGGGACGCAGUGUGGGAGAAGGCCCUGAUGCCCGGCUUCGUACCCAAUAAAGGGAGACUGAACUGUGAUCCCACAUUUGAACUUGAAGAAAUGAUUCUUGAAUCCAAACCACUUCACAAAAAGAAGAAGAGGUUGGCAAAGAACAGGUCCAAAGAUGGCACGAAGGACAGCUGUCCUCUGAAUGGACACCUCCAGCAGUGCCUGGAGACAGUGCGGAAAGAAUUCAUCAUAUUCAACAGAGAGAAGCUGAGGAAGCAGCAAGGGCAGAGCGGCCAGCUCUUGGACACAGAAGGCCGAGCCGGGAGCCAGGCCCAGAGCAAGCUCCAGGACGGGUGUAACAACGACAUUCUGGCUCACGCCUGCUCCCGUGGCUGCAGCAGCUAAGCCACCACCUGUGGCUUCCAGCGGGACUGCACACACCUCUGCCCUGCCCACCAAAAGCCCCUCUCUGUGCCAUGAUGGUCCCUGUCUCACCUCUAAUAACAUCAGAUGCAGAGAAGGAACCCUGGGCUCGGAGCUGGGGAGCCUGGGUUCUGGUCCCAGCUGCCCGGCUGAUACCUGCUUGACUGUGGACAAGCCUUGCCCUUUCUGUGCCUCAGUUUUCCACAUCUGCCAAAGGGGUUAAACAGCUCUCUGCCCCACCUCUAAUUACAAGGUUAUUCAAAGAAUCCAAUUGGGUAGCGGACAUGCAAAACCUUUAUAAAGUUGUU